AUGUCGACCUCCGUUCCCGAAAUCGUCAAGUCGUCGGAAAAUCCGGGCCCCAUCGAGUUGACCAUCAUCGACAAGCUUGUGAGCAGCUUGAAGCCCUCGUACCUCAAGAUCGCUAAUGAUUCCCACAAACAUGCCCACCAUGCUGGCUUGAGAGGUGCCAGCAAUGUCACCGAGUCCCAUUUCCGCAUUGAGGUGGUGAGCAGCGAGUUCGAAGGAAAGAAUAUGCCUUCCAGACACAGAGUGGUGUACCAGUUGUUGGACGACGAGUUCAAGAACAAGGGCCUCCACGCAUUACAGAUGAAGACCAAAACCCAGGCUGAAGUGGCCAAAUGA